UGUGGUCCGGAGGCGGUGGGAAGGCGCGGGGCUGGGAGGCCGCGGCGGGAGGGAGAAGCAGCCCCGGCAGGCUCAGCGCUUACGCCCCGCCUCUGGUAUCUGCCUAAAACCUGGCGCCGGGCUAAAACAAACGCGAGGCAGCCCCCGAGCCUCCACUCAAGCCAAUUAAGGCGGACUCGGGCCACUCGGUUACGUGUACAUCCAACAAGAUCGGCGUUAAGCCGCCGCCGAAUCAUGUCGAUGAGUCCAAAGCACACGACUCCGUUCUCAGUGUCUGACAUCUUGAGUCCCCUGGAGGAAAGCUACAAGAAAGUGGGCAUGGAGGGCGGCGGCCUCGGGGCUCCGCUGGCGGCGUACAGGCAGGGCCAGGCUGCGCCCCCGGCCGCGGCCAUGCAGCAGCACGCGGUGGGCCACCACGGCGCGGUCACGGCCGCCUACCACAUGACGGCGGCGGGGGUGCCCCAGCUGUCGCACUCGGCUGUGGGCGGCUACUGCAACGGCAACCUGGGCAACAUGAGCGAGCUGCCGCCCUACCAGGACAGCAUGCGGAACAGCGCCUCCGGCCCAGGAUGGUACGGCGCCAACCCUGACCCGCGCUUCCCAGCCAUCUCCCGCUUCAUGGGCCCGGCCAGCGGCAUGAACAUGAGCGGCAUGGGCGGCCUGGGCUCGCUGGGGGACGUGGGCAAGAACAUGGCUCCGCUGCCCAGCGCCCCGCGCAGGAAGCGCCGGGUGCUCUUCUCGCAGGCGCAGGUGUACGAGCUGGAGCGGCGCUUCAAGCAGCAGAAGUACCUGUCGGCACCCGAGCGCGAGCACCUGGCCAGCAUGAUCCACCUGACCCCCACGCAGGUCAAGAUCUGGUUCCAGAACCACCGUUACAAGAUGAAGCGGCAAGCCAAAGACAAGGCGGCGCAGCAGCAGCUGCAGCAGGACAGCGGCGGCGGCGCGGGCGGGGGCGCGGGGUGCCCGCAGCAGCAGCAGGCGCAGCAGCAGUCGCCCCGACGCGUGGCGGUGCCGGUGCUGGUGAAAGACGGCAAACCCUGCCAGGCGGGAGCCCCCGCGCCCGGCUCCGCCAGCCUGCAGGGCCACGCACAGCAGCAGGCCCAGCAGCAGGCGCAGGCGGCGGCCGCGGCCAUCUCGGUGGGCAGCGGGGGCCCGGGCCUGGGGGCGCACCCGGGCCACCAGCCGGGCAGCGCGGGCCAGUCUCCGGACCUGGCGCACCAUGCCGCCAGCCCCGCGGCGCUGCAGGGCCAGGUCUCCAGCCUGUCCCACCUGAACUCCUCGGGCUCGGACUAUGGUACCAUGUCCUGCUCCACCUUGCUAUAUGGUCGGACCUGGUGAGAGGACGCCGGGGGCCGGGCCCAGCCCAGAGCACUGCCUCCGCGGCUUCCCCUCCUGCCCGCCACCCACCACCACCACCACCACCACCACCACCCUCCUGCCGCUCCCACGCGCUGUGGCCAAGAGCCUGUUCCCCUUCUGAUUAAGGGAACACACACACACACACACACACACACACACACACACACACACACACCAAACUGCUGGACGUCUGUCUUUAUUACCCCCCUAAAAUUUAUGGAACUUUUUUUUUUUUUUUACAAAAUGAAAAUUAAAAAAACCACCAAACAAACUCAAUUCUUUAAGAAGUCUUCAGAGGGAAAAGGACUUGACAAGAACAGCUUUGGGAGGUGUAUGUUAGGUGAUUCAAAUGGCUUUCCCCAAGGUCCGGCUGAGGGCAAAGUUUGGAGAGGGCUCUGUGAGGACAUGGCUCUGAGCACUAAAGAUGGAAAACUUCAUUCAGGGUACACUGUGCCAACCAAGUGGACUCGCUUGUAAAUAUCCGGAUUUAUCUGGAAAAAGAGAUGGCAACUGGGCGAGGAAAGACUCAUGGACUGAGCCCACUGGUCACUGACACAAAGGAAAUGUCUCCUCCCAGCACCCUUGGCUGCCUGGACUCAGUCGGACCGCCCUGGCUAAAACUGUUUUAUGUUUGAUGUGAACUUGUAGCUGUAAAACACUGUCAAAAGUUGGACUAAAUGCCUAGCUUUUAGUUAUCUGUACAUUUUGUUGCUAAAAAAAAAAAAAGAAGAAGAAGAAGAAGAAAGAGAGAAGGAAAGAAUGAAAGCAUAGCCCCCAGCCUUGGCCCAUCGUGUUUUUUAUGGGCAUCGAUAAAUCUGUGUAUAUUAUUUGGCAGUUUGGUAUUUGCAGCAUCAGUCUUUUUCUGUUGUAACUUAUGUAGAUAUCUGGCU